AUGAGGUUGCCGAAAGAUGAACUUCCAUUGGUAGUUGUCCAACCUAAACCGCUUGCCCUGACAAAUAGAGUUGGAGAUAAAAAUGAUUUUUUCAUCAACACUCCGAGGAAAACCAUAUAUGAGAUGGUUGAAUCGAAUCAGGGAGGAAACAUUACUUUGGCUUUGGAGAACUCCAUAAUUUCAGAUGCACCGGAGGGUUCACUAAUGGUGUCUGGAGGGUCUUCCCAGGAAGCAGAAGGAAGCACACUCACUCCAGCUAAGCGGCUACCAUCAACCAUGUUGGACGUGGAUGAAGAAUAUGAUGAGAGCUCGGUGACAAAGAAAGCGUGUUCGGUUCGGAUCAAAAAGUAG